CCCCUAGCUCUCAACCUCGCCAAAAACACAUCGGGUCUUACCUCCCUUGCAGGGCAUCCUGUGCUGGCUGUGCUGAGCCCGGUAUCCCUCGAUGACCUCCCACUCUCCGUUGUCCCUCUUGAUGGGAAAGUUGAGACUGAGAACGUGAUUGCAAGGCUUGAUGAUCCUGAGUAUCCCGCGGACGAACUUCCUCUUGUUCUCGACGCUGUCUCGGGUCUUCAGCUCGUCCACCAGCUUGUUCUCCACGAUGGCGGCGCCGCGGUCGAAGAAGCCCUCCACCAUGGAGAAGAAGUUGGGGUCGUCGUCGGAGGCGACCUGCGAGGAGUAGCCGCGACUACUCCUCGUCAGCCGGUCGUAGCCCGUCCCGCGCCGGCUCAGCAGACCUGCUAAGUUUCGCCGGUACAUGUUGAGUUGGGAGCGAGAUGUUGAAAAGUCGACGAAGGCAACAAAGUUGAAAAAAAGUGGAGGAAGUGGGAGCGGAACCGCCGCAACUCCUCCUCUUCCUCGACUCGCUUUUCCUGUUCGACAACUUCACCUGGAUGACAACAUCUGGCGCUAGUCGCUAGCCUAGCUUAGCAUCCCGUAGAAACUAACGACAUCUGGCAGUUUCUUCCUCCAUCAGCAUGUGCGAAAAGCCGAAGAUCCACGCGUUCCUGGGGGCCCCGCGCAACUGCGACGUCGGCGCCGAGAGGGAGCGGCCUCCGCGCUGGAAGCGACUAAAGCUCACUUGGCGGGAAGGCCAUCUUGUCCCCGUAGCCAACGAAACGCAAGCGCAUUUGGGCUUUUCGAAAGCCAUUUGCAGUGAAGAUGAUCAUGUCCUGGAGGAAGAAGACUCAUCUAAGCCCAUCUCACCGUCCCUUCUGAGCCGCUACCUCUCCGCUUGGACUCAGAGCCGAGCCUUAAUCCUCAGAGGGGCCUCGGGACCCCCGUCCGGAGCCGCUCGGAUUUCGCCGACCCACUCGUCAAGCACACCGGAGCUUUUCGUUCAAGGUUCUGAUGAGCGUUCCGGUCCAUCGAGCCACUCUCCCAAAGGUCCCGACGAGCUCCUCGCCUGUCCCGAAGGACCGGGCGACGCGGCCCGGCGGGAGGAGCGAGGAGGCGUUGUCCUGGAGGCCACCUCGGACGGCGUGCUCUGCUCUCAGGAAGCGGACGACCCCGUCUCAUCCGACAGCGACGAACGCUUAGGCGCUCCCACCACGCUUCUGGCCCAAUGUACCAAUGGGGCUCGCUCUUAUCGAGUUCUGGUUGCCGUGGUUCAUCCCUGCCAAGUGAAAGAAAUCAAGGUGAGACGCGGAACGUCGGCGGGUUCCCGGGUACCGCUGGCCAGCCUGGUGGUGACGGACCAAUCGGGAAUGGACGUGACGGUGCUGUUGUGGCGACGCGCCGCCUACUGGGCGGUGACCGUCGGCGCCGGCGAUGUGGUCUUGAUCACAGGUUUGCGGCCAAGCGAGGACACCUGGAGGGCAGAGAAGGUUCUGCAGUCCACCUUCAGCAGCAAAUUGCUAAAUUUAGGCCACGUCUGCGCACCCGCCCGCCCUCCAGGCUCUGGUCACGUAGCCGCCGCCUCCGUGGCCGCUCUGUGCGAGUUCCUCGGAGAACGGCGCCCCCUGCUGCUGGCCACGCCGCCUCGCCCUCACCAGGAUCUGAAGCGCCUGCCGUACGCCCCCCGGUGGUCACGCGCGGUUAACACUCUGGUCCACGCGUUAAUGCGCGUCAAAGAUGCGUACGUCAGCACGGAGUGGCGAGCAGAGGCGGAGUCUUGGCGUCGCUCCGCUCUGGAGCGUCACGCUGUGGCGAGCGCGGAGGGCGCCGGCGGACAACGGGGGGCGCUGAUGUUGUGGGGUUCGGCGCUAGACUGGCUCCCACGUUUUCGGACGCAUCCGGACGCCGUCUGGGACGUCCGCUUCCUCCUGGUUCGAGACGGGCAAGAUUCCGAGGUCCCUGAACUUCACACUACUCACUGGAGCGCCGCCCGCCAGUUAGGCCCCGCCGACCCCCGGCUCGGCCCCUUUGCGCGUGUCGAUGCUGGCGUAGUAGAGAUGGAUGUAGACACGUUGCUUUCGCAGAAAUACUCAGGAGACGUUCUUCUGCUGAAGGUGCGGGUCCUGUCUUUCGGCUUCCGGCCAUCUCGCGAGACGGCGCGGCAGCCAAGCCUGGACGUCUCGUCGCCACUCUCUGCUGUGGUGGCGGCGCUGAGCGGCGACACCACGUAUUCGGGCUGUGGCCGCUGCGGCGCCGAACUGGACGUGGACACCGAGGGAAUCUACCGGCCCUGCUACCCGUGCCUGCCUGUUAGACUUGUGCGCCGCUACUACAGGCCGGCCACUUUGACGGUGAGCCGCCGGGACGGCGGGCGUGUUCGCGUGGAUGUCCCCGCCGUCGCCGUACAGAAGAUCCUGGACGUGCCGCCCGACAGGUUGCUGAAGAACACUGGCUCCGACGUCCCGCCCGUGCGGGCGGCGGCGGAGAGGGUCCGCCGUCUGCUGAGCCUCGAAACCACCGUCAGCGUGCGCAGCCUCUUCCUCUGCGAGGAAAACGGCGCCCCCAUCAGUCAAGAGUUGACUCUGCUGGAUCUGCGAUUUCCCACAGACGCUUGUACAAGUGCGCACAAGUACGCGCACCAGUUGUACAAGUGCGCGCACGAGGACGCGUACCCGCGGUACAAGUGCGCGCACGAGGACGCGUACCCGCGGUACAAGUGCGCGCACGAGGACGCGUACCCGCGGUACAUGUGCGCGCACGAGGACGCGUACCCGCGGUACAAGUGCGCGCACGAGGACGCGUACCCGCGGUACAAGUGCGCGCACGAGGACGCGUACCCGCGGUACAAGUGCGCGCACGAGGACGCGUACCCGCGGUACAUGUGCGCACACGAGGACGCGUACCCGCGGUACAUGUGCGCGCACGAGGAUGAGUACGCGCGGUACAAGUGCGCGCACGCGCGGUACAAGUGCGCGCCCGCGGUACAAGUGCGCGCACUCAUGGGACAAACCGGGUAUGCAAAAAGUCCAGAAGAAAGUCUUGCGCACGGCGGCGAAGAAAAGCGCACUCUUGGAUUGCGGCUCUUCCAAAGCUUUGAGAUUGGAGUGGAGCUCCCUCAGCAGGACGCUGUCGAAAGCGCGCCCGUCGGACAGCGAGGCCUCCAGCAGCUCGUCGUCAAACUCCCGCAGGAGCUCCUCGAUCACCGCCUCGGUGAUCCUGUCCACGGUGUAGACGUCCACCUCGGUGAUGACGCAGAGACGCGGGUCCCGCAGGACCUUGUUGGACACGCGGCGGAUGAUGGGCAGCGUGUCGCGGGAGAGGACCGCCUUCUUGUGGAGAUUCUGGAGACGCGUGAGGAGACGCGCCACCAGCACCGCCAUCAGCGACGUCACCAUCUCCUCCAGGACGGAGGGAGACCGGUAGGUGGUCACGUCCACCGUGGGUUCCUUCACCGAGAUGAGCGGAGCGGCGAAGGCCAGGCCUCGCGUACGGCGCCAGAAGGCGGCGUGUCGGACUGGCCGCCGUCCAUCUCCGGAGCGGGCUUCGACUCCGCGCUACUCUCCGAUUCCGGAGUGGUCUCGGACUCCGGAGUGGUCUCGGAUGCCGCGCUCCACCCACUUCUGGCUUCCUGUGCGAGGGCGCGAGGCGGACGCCCGUUGGGGCCGCCCCCUGAUGGCGGGGCUAGCGCUGAUUCUUCCCUUCUGUUCUCUGCCCCCACCCGCGAUGAGCGCGUCGAUGUCGCUCAAGCAACCGUAGACUUCGUCGGCGCGGCUCCCCCUGGUGACCGGUUCCAUCUUCAACCAGAGGAGCAACUGCUGCACGAACUUGGUGGAGGUGUCCUCCACGAUCUUAUGCAGAACUUCGAUGUUCUCCGCCUUCUCCUGGUCCACCUCCAGGAUGAGCGGCUCCGAGUAUCUCCUCCAAACCGCGUCCGACGGCACGGCGGUCCGAUUGUCCGUCAUGAAGUCGUAGAUCUUCCCCGCCAGCUCCCGCGAGAACUUAUCCGCCUCCAUCCGGAGCUCGUCCGGGCCCGACUCCCCGGACGGCGGAGACACCUUCUCGUAGACUUCCUCCAAACUCGAGCGGAUCCCCUGGAAGUCCAGGAGGUUGUCUUCUUCAUCCUCUCCGCGACGGGACGUCUCUUCCCGCGUGCGCAUGCAGCGACAGCGGACUUUUUGCAGGUCGCUCACCAGCUCCUCGAACUUCUUCUCGCAGAAGUUGAGGAAGUGACGUUUGCGCGAGGAUUCGUCGCCGCUCGAAGGAGAGACGCAGGAUUCGAAGAAAUCGCACAGCUGAUCCUUGAUAAGGCCCAGGUCGAAAAGAGGGGCGGGAGAGUCCUCGUCGGACGUUUCGGGGUAGUGCAGGUCCUCGAUGAUGGUCUCCACGAUUUCCGCCGCUUUCUGACGGAGGUCGCAAUUCGCCCUGAUGGGCAGAGUAAAACAUUUCAGAAAAUGACAAGCAGUACUCAAAUAUUCAUCACGGCCUCCGUGGUCUCCUCCCUGUCGAAGACGCACGCUCCCGCCGAUUUGGCGGCGGCGGCGGCGGUGGUGGCCGAGGAGGCGGGAGUCUUGCGAGCGUCCUUCUUCCGGCACCUUCUGAAGCACUUGGUGUCGCGGACCCUCUGCGAGACCUCCUUCUUGAACAGCGAGUCCAACUUCUGCGAGCUUUCGCUGCGCUGCUCCGGGACGCUGAGCGCCGAAGCGAAGGCGCCGUUCAGCCCGCCUUCCACGUUCAGCUUCAUUUUUUUGCCCACCGCGCUCCGGAUGCGCUCUUUGAACUCCGGGAUGAUCACCCGGAUGGUGUCGGCGCACAGCUUCUGGGUGAUCUCCGUGCACAUGUCGGCCAGGAUCAGCUGCGUGUCGGAAUCCACCGUCCCCGCCGCCAGCAUGCUCCACUGCGCCGGGCCUCGGCGCGCCGGGGCGGAAGCGUCGCCCCGUUUUGCCCGCCGGGCGUGCCCUUUGAGGCCUAGGCGAUGUCGCAGAGAGGAAAUAGAUGUGACUGUUUCCUGCUUUCUUUUUCCACUCGCCACAGUUUUUAAGAGUAUCAACAACAAGCAAAGACAGUACGCACACAGAAGGAUGACGGAAGCCCAGUUGAUCAACGGAUACGACAACGACUUCCAGUUCAACUUGUCGCCGUACGAGUACCUGCCGCCGGUUGACGUCAAGACUGAAGCGUACGUGCCUGAGACAGCACACGGGCCCUACAUUCAAAUAAUUGAGGAACCCAAACAGCGCGGCUUUCGCUUUCGUUACGAGUGCGAGGGUCCGUCCCACGGGGGACUACCGGGAGCAUCCAGUGAGAAGAACAGGAGGACGUACCCCACCGUCAGGAUUAACAACUAUGUGGGUCACGCCCGCGUGGAGGUGCAGCUGGUGACGCACACGGAUCCCCCGCGCGUACACGCGCACAGCCUGGUGGGACGCCACUGCAACGACAACGGAACGUGCACGAUGGACAUCGGACCUAAUGACCUAACAGCGUCUUUCAGCAACCUGGGAAUCCUGCACGUGACCAAGAAGGGCGUGGCCGAGGUCCUGACGCGGCGCCUGCGCGACGAGUGGCGGAGGCGGCGGGGAGGCUCCGCCCAGCCCACGGCGGCCGAAGAGAGCGCCUUGAGCAAGGAGGCCAAGGAGCUGGCCAAGAUGGUGGACCUCAACAUCGUGCGCCUCAAGUUCACCGCCUUCCUCAAAGACAGCGACGGCGGCUUCACGCGAGCCCUCAAAGCCGUGGUGUCCAACGCGAUCUAUGACAGCAAAUCUCCCAAUGCGUCCAACCUGAGGAUCUCUCGCAUGGACAAGACCUGCGGAUCGGUGCUCGGGGGAGAUGAGAUCUUUCUACUCUGCGACAAAGUCCAGAAAGAUGACAUCGAGAUCCGCUUCUACGAGGACGAGGAGGACGGCGGCUGGGAGGCCUUCGCCGACUUUGCGCCGACGGACGUCCACAAGCAGUACGCCAUCGUGUUCAAGACGCCGCCGUACCGCGACGCCGAUCUGGAACGCUCCGUCACCGUCUUCCUGCAACUCAAGCGCAAAAAGGCGGGCGACUGCAGCGACCCCAAACACUUCACGUACAUCCCCCAUGUACAAGACAAAGAGGAGGUGCUGCGGAAGAAACAGAAGCCCCUGCCCCACUACGACCCCUGGCAGGGAGGGGCGGAAAGAGGAGGGGGCGGAGCCGGCGCGGGAGGCUACCCCCCCUCGGACGGUUAUCACUACGGCCGAUAUACAGACGGCGCGGCGGGGGGAGGAGUUUUCUACUCGGGGAGCGGCUACGGAGGAGGAGGGGCCAGGAUGUCGAACGGCGCCGCCUCCCAGAGCGGACGAACGCCGGUUACAGGCUCCGCCCUCCCGCGUCACCACGGCGACCUCCUGGAGUUGCGAGGACGCCUGCUGGCCACGCGGGACGCCAGUGGAGACACUCCGCUGCACCUGUCCGUCAUCCACCGGCGGACGGACGUCACUCUCCGAUUGAUAGACGCACUUCUCGGACAGAGGCUGGGACGCGCGCUGGACGCGGCUAACCGUCUGCAGCAGACGGCGCUGCAUCUGGCGGUCUUGACGCGUCAAGCCCCGGCGGCGGAGGCGCUGAUGAAGGCGGGGGCGGACCCCGGCCUGCGGGACAGAGACGGCCGCUGCCCGCUGCACUUGGCGGCGCUGGGCGGCGACUUGGCCACGCUGCGCGUCGUCCUGACGCACCUGGGGGAAGGACACGCCCACCUCUUGAGCACGCCCGAUUAUCACGGUUUGUCCCCCCUUCACCUGGCGGUCCGUCGGGACGGUCACCGUUGUCUUCGCCUCCUGGUGGAGAGCGGCGCCAAGGUCGACGCUCCCGAGCUGAAAGGCGGCCACACGGCUCUGCACAUGGCCAUCACUCAAAAUCUCCUCAAGGUGGCCUGCACGCUCGUCACUGAGCUGAAGGCGGACGUGAACGCUCGCACCUUCGGAGGAAACACGCCUCUUCACCUGGCCGCCGCCGCCAACGCGCACGCGCUUUGUUCCGUGCUGCUCGCCGCAGGUGCGGACAAAAACGCGGAAAACCACGAGCCGCUCGUCUCGAGUUCCUCGGACGAGGACGAGGACCAGACGUCGGCGCGGAAGCGACGGGCGGGCGGGCACACGGCGUCGGACUUGGCUAAAUGUCACAAGGUCCGGAAGCUACUGACGUCCGAUCGCCGAGUGGAUAAGAAGAGCCGAGACGAUGAAGGUGGGGAGCGUAUGCACUUGGACGCCGACACGCUGCGCCACCUCGUGGUGCUUCUGAAGGACGCCGACGUCUCCUGGAACGAGCUGGCGGACAAACUAGGGAUGAGGACGCUGGCCCACCUCUAUCGGGAAAGCCCCGCCCCCUACCAAAGCCUACUGGAACACUACCAGCUGGGCGGCGGUCCCGCUGAAGACAUGCUGCGGGCGCUGGAGGCGCUCGGUGUCGGCGACGGCGUCCGCCUGUUACGCCGAGACGACGAGCCGCGAGACAAACUCCGACAAGAAUCGACGGUGGACAGCGGCUUCAGCAGUCAGCCGUUAGAAGACGAGCGUCCGCCCGUGGAGGACCGUUGAGCGCUCUGGAGGAAACCAAAAAAGCCAAACCGCUUCUGUCCAGGUGAAGAAAAUGCCAUUUUUCUUCCGUUAAAAUGAUUUUCAAUUCAAUUCAAUUUUAUUUGUAUAGCCCUAAAUCACAACAGAUGUGUGGUCAAUUGUUCAAGUGAUAUAUUGCCAUCAAUAAAUAUCUAUACGUCCUGGAUACCGGCGUGAUGUGAGUCUCCUUUUGUAUUGUUUGCGCCAAGAGACAGACCAUUAGCGCUUUAUUAUUAAAUGUAUUAUAUUUUAUUUAAUAGGAAGUUACCCAAAAAUGGCCCCGAAUCAACAGGAAGUUACAGCAAAAUGUCCCAAAAUCAACACAAAGUUACCAGACUUCACCAGGAAAUACUCCAAAAUGUCCUCAACUAUUAAGUGACCCAAUAUCACCAGGAAGUGACUCAAAAAUGACCCCAAAUCAACAGGACCUGACAUCACCAGGAAGUGACCUUGAAAUGCCCCCAAAUCAACAGGAAGUGACCCAAAAAUGACCCCGAAUCAACAGGAAGUUACCCAUUAUAAACAGGAAGUGACACUACAAUGCUCCCAAAUUAACAGGAAGGGACCAGAUAUCAACAGGAAGCAGUCAUUAAAUGCCCCCAAAUGAACAGGAAGUGACCCAAUAUCAAUAGGAAAUGACCCCAAAUCAACAGGAAGUGACCCUGAAAUGCCCCCAAAUCAACAGGAAGUAAACCCAAAAUGCCCCCAAAUCAACACGGUGACCCGAUAGCAACAGGAAUUGACCCCAUAUCAAUAGGACGUGACCCAAUAUAAACAGGUGGUGACACUAAAAGGUUCCCAAAUUAACAGGAACUGACCCGAUAUCGAUGGGAAGUGACCCAAAAAUCAAAGUGACCCAACAUCAACAGGAAGUGACCUGACAUCACCAGGAAGUGACCCUGAAAUGCCCCCAAAUCGACAGGAAGUGACCCAAAAAUGACCCCAAAUCAACACGGUGACCCGAUAUCAACAGGAAGUGACCCCCAAAUCAAUAGGACGUGACCCAAUAUAAACAGGAAGUGACACUAAAAGGUUCCCAAAUUAACAGGAACUGACCCAAUAUCGAUGGGAAGUGACCCAAAAAUCCAAACGAAGUGACCCAAUAUCAACAGGAAGUGACCCCCAGAUGACCAGGAAAUGACCCAAUAACAACAGGAAGUGAACCCGAACUGCCCCCAAAUCAACAGGAAGUGACCCAAUAUCAAGAGGAAGUGACCCAACAUCACCAGGAAGUGACCCUGAAAUGCCGCCAAAUCAACAGGAAGUGAACCCUAAAUGCCCCCAAAUCAACACAGUGACCCGAUAUCAACAGGAAGUGACCCAAUAUAAACAGGAAGUGACACUAAAAGAUUCCCAAAUUAACAGGAACUGACCCAAUAUCGAUGGGAAGUGACCCAAAAAUCCAAACGAAGUGACCCAAUAUCAACAUGAAGUGACCCCCAGAUGACCAGGAAAUGACCCAAUAACAACAGGAAGUGAACCCUAAAUGCCCCCAAAUCAACAGGAAGUGAACCCUAAAUGCCCCCAAAUCAACACAGUGACCCGAUAUCAACAGGAAGUGACCCAAUAUAAACAGGAACUGACCCGAUAUCGAUGGGAAGUGACCCAUAAAUCUAAACGAAGUGACCCAAUAUCAACAGGAAGUGACUCCCAGAUGACCAGGAAAUGACCCAAUAACAGGAAGUGAACCCGAAAUGCCCCCAAAUCAACAGGAAGUGACCCAACAUCACCAGGAAGUGACCUUGAAAUGCCGCCAAAUCAACAGGACGUGAACCAAUAUAAACAGGAAGUGACACUAAAAGGUUCCCAAAUUAACAGGAACUGACCCGAUAUCGAUGGGAAAUGACUCAAAAAUCAACAUGAAGUGACCCAAUAUCACCAGGAAGUGACCCUGAAAUGCCACCAAAUCAACAGGAAGUGACCUCAAAACAUGAAGUGACCUUAAAAUCCCUGAAAACCAACAGGAAAUGAGUAGAAAUACCAAAGCAUUACAGCAAAGCAACCAUGGUCUAAUAUUAUAACUUUAUUCUCGUAGUCCCUUUUUUUUCUCCCUGUUGGGCCAGAAAACUCGGUGGUGAUCUGCUCACUUUCUGUGGCCAUGGUGACGGCAUCAGGCUCGGGGGAAGUACCUAACAGCGUCAAAAACCUACGCUAAUGGCGCUCUCUCCGCACGUCAUCUAUUGGUCGUUCCCUUCUUCUCGCUCGCCGUCGCCGCACAGCAAAUGCGACGAGGCCAUCUUGAGGCCGCUUUUGGAACUGCGCGUCUUCUCCCCGCCGUCCUCUUUGUCGCCGGCGUCCUCCGCGAGUCGCUCCUCGAAGGCCGCCAAGUCCUCCUCGCCGGCGGCCAUCUUGGCGCGCAGCAGCAAGGCAUAGGUACCGUAACGCGUUUUCUAAGGAGGGUAGUAACGCGAUACAUAUAAUUGAGUCACUUUUGGAGGAAAAUUUUACUUGAGUCGAUGUAUGGAAAAAGUAACACUACUCUUACUUGAGUACCAUUUUUAGUUACUGUACUGAUGGCGUUUUAAAAAUAACAUAAGUUACUCAGUACUCAAAGUUUUCACUGAAUACUUUUUGACUUGUACUCAAGUAAAUUUUUGGGAUAUUAAUUUGAAGUACUCAUGUAGUCUUACUCGAGUACCAUUUUGAGCUAUUCUACUGAUGACAUUGUUUUGAAAAUGACAUUCUUAGCAGUUACUUAGUACUUGAGUAUUCUUUUUACUGAAUACUUUUUGACUUGUACUCGAGUAAAUUUUUAGGAUGACUACUUUGAUUGGAGUAAUAUUAUGAAGUAACAUUACUCUUACUCAAGUACCAUUUUGAGUUACUCUAUUGAUGACAU